AUGGCAACUUCGAAUAUAAAAAAAGACGAUGAACAAUGGGAAUCAAUUCAGACAAUACAUAAUCAACAUCAAUGGAACGAAUCAAGUGACGAUGAAAAAGACGAUAUAGAUAAUAAUGAAUUUUUCGAUGCACAUGAUACUGAUCAUCAUAUUAAUCAACCGCCUUCCACAGAAGUUAACACUGAAGCCGAACUUUUACAUAAUCGUCUUAAUUCACAAUUACAUACCGAUGAAGUACCAAAGAAGAAAUCACCAGAAGAUCCAUAUUUUAUUGAUGAGGAAUUACUUGUGGAACGCGAAAAACUUUUAACAGAAGAAGAUAAAGAAAAACGUCAUAGCGAAGCCCAACUAGCAAAAGAUGAAGGUAAUACUUUAUUUGGGCAGGGUGAACAUGACCAAGCAUUACAAAAAUAUAGUGAGGCAAUAUCAUUAUGUCCACUGAAACAUACUCGUGCUCGUGCUGUUAUCUAUGCAAAUCGUGCAGCAUGUCUAAUGAAAAUGGCAAAAUAUGAAUCUGCUGUUCAAUCAUGUACAAAAUCGAUUGAACUUGAUUCAGAUUAUGUGAAAGCAUAUGCACGUCGUGCUGAAUCUUAUAAACAAAUUGAUAAAUUAGAAGACGCAUUACAAGAUUACCAAAAAAUUCUUGAACUUGACCCAAAUAAUAAUCAAGCACGAAAAGAAGUCUAUACAUUACCCGAUCAAAUAAAAGAACGUAAUGAAAAAAUGAAAGAAGAAAUGUUAGGUAAAUUAAAAGACUUGGGAAAUAUGAUAUUAAAACCAUUUGGUUUAUCAACAAAUAAUUUUAAACUUCAACAAGAUCCAUCGAGUGGUUCAUAUAACGUUAAUUUUCAGAAAUAA